GCGGGGCGCGGCGCGGUGGCGGUCGGAGCAUGGCGGCGCCCUCGGCCCCGCGGCCGCCCCGGCCCCGCAAGGAGCCGCAGCCGCUCGUCAUCCCGCGGAGCGCCGCCGAGGAGCAGCGCCUCCGCCUCGAGCGGCUCAUGAGGAACCCGGAAAAGACUGUACCAAUUCCUGAAAAACUGAAUGAAUGGGCACCACGACCUCCCCCGGAGUUUGUUAGAGAUGUGAUGGGUUCCAGUGCUGGAGCUGGGAGUGGGGAGUUUCACGUGUACCGGCAUCUUCGUCGGCGAGAGUACCAGAGGCAAGAUUUCAUGGAUGCCAUGGCUGAGAAGCAAAGACUAGAUGAGGAAUUCCAGAAGAAACUGGAGAGGAAUAAGAUGAUUGCAGAAGAACAAACAGCAAAACGCAGAAGGAAGCGCCAGAAGUUAAAAGAGAAGAAACUGCAAGCUAAGAAAAAUAAACUUGAACAAAAGAAGCAGGAAAAAGAACCUGAUCAAUCUCAGGAGCGAGUCAGCAGCGACGAUGAUGAAGAGGAUAGCAAGGAGGAGGAAGAAAAGGAAGAUGAUGCUGAAGAGCCCAGUUUUGUGAUGGGAAGAGGAUGAGGCCUUUCAGGGACAGCUGGAAACACUGUUCAUUGCUUUAUAUUCAGGAGCAUGAAAGUCUUUCAUCUCAGCCAAGCAGAACCCAUUGGCGUACGUUGUAUCUGCUUAACGGUGAAUGACCUUCACCACACAGGCCCAAGAGAUACUGAUAGAGAAAUGCCAAAUAAGAGAUUUUUUCUUAAUUGCUUGUAUAACUGCUGUGCAGUCUGCUCUGAGUUUGCUCUAAAGAGUCAGCCAUAAGUCUCUGUGACCCUAGAGUUCUUUCUAACAUGGCCCAGAGUGUUUUUCUGCCUGAAAGCUAAAACAUAUCCAUUACCAUUUAAGGAAAAUAUUACUGUGAGGGCUACGUAUUCUACUUAUGUCAAAGCUGGUAGCAGUGGGAUACAUGAAUCUAAGGGAAGAGUAUAACCUAAAGUAGAAAAGUGGUCUGUAGCCAGACUCUCCUGCACUGUGAGUGUUCUGAAUUUGGGGUUUUGUAUGGGGUCAUCUCUAACCCAAAGAAAUCAGUUUAUGUUGCUAGACAAGUUCUAUAGAUUUUUAAGCAGGAUCCCUUUUUUAUUGCUAAAACUUUCCCUAUUACUUUUCUUCCGUGUUUUUUAAAUGAAUAAAGGGGAUGUGUUGGA